UAGAGAUUUCUCUCUAACUAUGGCCGUGAAGACAUUGAAUAAUAUAUGGAUUCGACGGCAGCAAUGCCCUUGUGGAGAUUGGAAGUGCUAUAUUAAGUACGAAGGAGAUGACCAACCGACAGUUGGAUUGCAUUCUAUGAAGAAUGAAACGACAAUUUCUUCGUCAAAUGAAGUUGUUUUCACUCCUUAUGUUGGCCAGAUAUUUCGAAGUGAUGAUGAAGCUUUUGAAUAUUAUAGCAACUUUGCUCGAAAGAAUGGAUUCUCAAUUAGGAAAGCCCGUUCAACAGAAAGCCAAAAUUUAGGGAUUUAUAGAAGGGAUUUUGUUUGUUACCGGUCAGGAUUUAAUCAACCUAGGAAGAAAGCCAAUGUGGAGCAUCCAAGGGAUCGAAAAUCAGUACGAUGUGGUUGUGAUGCAAAAAUGUACCUAACAAAGGAGGUUGUAAAUGGCCAAGCUCAAUGGUAUGUCUCUCAGUUCAGUAAUGUUCAUAACCACGAGCUGUUGGAAGACGAUCAAGUGCGCCUACUUCCUGCCUAUAGAAAAAUUCAAGAGGCAGAUCAAGAGCGCAUCCUUCUACUCUCUAAAGCUGGAUUUCCCGUGAAUCGAAUAUUAAAGGUGCUGGAGUUAGAAAAGGGUGUUCAACCAGGUCAAUUGCCUUUUAUCGAAAAAGAUGUAAGGAAUUUUGUCAGGACAUGUAAAAAAACAGUUCAAGAAAAUGAUGCUAUGCUGUCUGAGAAGAGGGAGAAUGAUCUCCAGGAGCUUCUUGAGGCUUGUAAAGCUAUGGCACAGAAGAAUGAUGGAUUUGUCUACAAUUAUAGUACCGAGGAAAAUGGAAAAGUAGAAAACAUUGCAUGGGCUUAUGGAGACUCUGUCCGUGCAUUUUCAGUUUUUGGUGAUGUUGUUACAUUUGACACCACUUAUCGUUCAAUCACUUACAAUCUGCUACUUGGGAUUUGGUUUGGCAUUAGCAAUCAUGGGAGAGCAUUUUUUCUCGGCUGUGCUCUAUUACAAGAUGAAACAUCGCAGUCAUUCUCUUGGGCCUUACAGGUAUUUAUUCAAUUUAUGAGAGGAGGGCAGCCUCAGACUAUCCUUACUGAUAUAGAUUCAGGACUCAGAGAUUCUAUAGCCAUGGAGAUGCCAAAUACCAAGCACAUUAUAUGUGAAUGGCAGGUUCUCUCAAAAUUAUCUAGUUGGUUCUCUUUGUCACUUGGUUCACAAUAUGCAGAAUUCAGACCUCGGUUUGAUAUGUUGUGUCAUCUGGAAAAUGUAGAGGACUUUGAGCAUCAGUGGAAUCACCUGGUUGGUCAGUUUGGACUUGGUUCAGACAAGCAUAUUGCGUUGCUCUUUUCUUACCGUACAUCAUGGCCAUUUUGCUACACCCGAAAUUUCUUUCUGGCUCGUAGCUUAACUUCUGAGUAUUUGAAAUCUGUGGAGUCAUUCUUGAAGAAUAUAUUGAGCAUGCAAACAUGCCUGCAGUCCUUCUUUGAGCAGGUUGGUAUUGCUGCCAGCUUUGGAUAUCAGAACCAGGAUGAGAUGCUGUAUCUGCCCAUGAAAACUGGCCUGCCACUUGAAGAACAUGCAAGGAGUAUUCUAACUCCUUAUGCCUUUAAUGUGGCACAGAAUGAAAUUAUGCUAUCUAUGCAGUAUUCUCUUACUGAAAUGGCUAAUGGUUCAUAUCUUGUGAGGCACUAUAAGAAAAUGGAAAGAGAAUGCCUUGUUUUCUGGAUGCCUGAAGACGAGCAAGUUCACUGCUCAUGCAAGGAAUUUGAACAUUCUGGGAUUUUGUGCAGACAUUCCCUGCGUGUGCUCAUCGUAAAGAACUACUUUCAGAUUCCAGAAAAAUAUUUUCCAAUACGAUGGCAACUGCAGAGCUCCUUAGUUCCUUUGGAUGAUCAAAUCAUUGAAAGCCGCGGCAAUGAGCUGUCUGAGGCCUUUCAUUCCCUUACUUCAAGCCUGUUCUGUGAAGCAUCAAUCUCUAAGGAGCGUUACAAUCAUGUUCAUAGAGUGCUAACAGAACUCCUUGAACAUGUACAGAGUAUGCCGGUUAUGAGUGAAGUUGCAUUGAAUUUAGCACCUAAUAAUACCAGUGAACCUUAGGCUGACAUAAUCUGGUGGUUAGUGAAAAGUCAAUUGGAAACUUGACUUUCUUUGGGGGGCCUGGCUACUGAUUUAGAUGUUGAACGCAUCAAUGUGGUUAGGAGCCUUUUUGUAGGAAUGAAGAAAGUUCCUGAUUUUUACUUUUGAUCUCUGCAAAUUAGCCCCUGCUUUAGAUGCUAAAACUAGAGUUGGGGAGAUAAGGUUGGGCUCUGUAUCUGUAGCAGUUAAAAGCCCAUUCUUCUGCACAAAAUUUUCAUGUACUUCUUUGCACUGUUCAUGUAAGUGCAUAUAAACAUGCCAAUUCUUUUAAUGCCAUGUAAUACUCCAUUCUGAGAUUAGAAAUUUAAAAAUCUCUUAACAACAGGUUCAAAUGUUUUAUUUUUCA